AUGAGGAAGCGCGGGCCAGCCGAGCUUGCAGGCUCGGCAAGUGAUGCGCUUGGGAAAGAGAAGCGCCUUCGAGGGCGCAUUCUGCGGCCAGACCAAGCCGCUGCCAUCAAGCGAAGGCAGCAACUUGAGAAGAAGGCUGUGCGCAGACGCGUUGCGCUGUGGCGCUCGAGGACUGUUGACGGCAAAUGGCAGACAGUCUACAUCACGUUGGCUGGUGAUGUUCUGAAGAAGGGUGCAAGGGCGUAUAGAGCUGCUGCGGCAGAUCAGCAAUACUUGAAGGCCUGCGGAAUUGCCAGCAAUCAACCUGCCUACUCGGAAAUAGAGGUGCCAGAGGAGAUCCAUCCGUAUGCCCUCUGCAGAGGGCAAAACCCUUUGGAGCUCGGCUACUGGUGCAUCCCACAGUCGGUGCAGGCUUGCCUUCGUGCAGCGGGCAUUCAGCACCUACACAAGUGGCAAGCCGAAUGCCUGAGCUGCCCACAGGUCCUUGUUGCGGGACAAUCCCUCGUUUAUGUGGCUCCAACCAGUGCGGGCAAAUCUUUGGUUUCAGAGGUGUUAAUGCUCCGGCAGCUUCUCUUUCACGGACGGAGGGCGCUCCUCAUUCUUCCGUUUGUCUCCAUCUGUGUAGAGAAGGUCUCCAAGCUUCGUCAAGCUUUUGGAGCCUGUGGCCUGCGCGUCGAAGGUCUCUACUCAGCUUCGGACGGCAAGUGGCAUGCCGGUGCUGACGUCGCGGUUUGCACCAUUGAGAAAGCCAGUGCCCUGCUGAAUCGCCUGCUGGAGGAAGACGCGCUUCUCCGCGACAUCGGCGUCAUCGUCGUCGACGAAAUGCACCUGCUGGGAGAGGAGCACCGGGGUUAUCUGUUGGAGCUGAUCCUGGUCAAGGCAAGGCUGAGUGCCGCUAUGGCUGCAGACGCAGGUGUCAGUGCGGGUCUGCAAAUCGUCGGCAUGUCGGCCACGCUUCCGAAUGUGCGGCUGCUAGCGGACUGGCUGGGGGCCAGACUCUACGUAAGCGAGGAUCGACCGGUGCCUCUGAGCCUCUCCGUUGCCAUGAAGGGCCAGGUCCUGCACCAGGACUCGAGCCUGCAGGCAAGCAGGCCUCUCUCGAGAAACAACCGCGACCCAGAUGGGCUUGUGCCCUUGGUUUGGGAGUGUGUCUCAAUGCAGCAGUCUGUCCUCGUGUUCUGUGCGACAAAGGAUUGGUGCGAGAAAGCCGCCGCCUUGCUGGCCGAUGAAAUGCCUCGUCUGGAUCAGCUGGAGAAGGAGAACUCAGGUCACACCAAUGCAUACCAGCAGGGUCAAGGUCAGAGGCUGCAGCUCGUCGAGGAAUUGAAGCAGACGCAUUCGGGCCUGUGCCCAAUCCUUGCUCGGACUGUGCUCAACGGCGUUGCCUACCACCAUGCAGGUCUCACAACAGACGAGCGCGGCCUGCUGGAGGCAGCUUACCGGAAAGGAGUCCUGCGCUGUCUUUGUGCCACGUCUACUCUGGCUGCAGGAGUGAACCUUCCGGCUCGGCGUGUCAUCAUUCGUUCCAUGAAGGUUGGAAGAGAUCCUCUGGAUGCUGUCCGGUUCAGACAAAUGGCAGGGCGCGCUGGGCGCGUGGGCUUCGAUACAGAGGGAGAGUGCAUUGUGAUGGCGAGAACACUGAAAGAAGCCGACGAGGCUCGCGGCCUCUUUGCUUCCCAGCUGCAGCCUCUGCGGUCAGCCUUGGGGAAGGAGCGCUUAGUCAGGGCAGUGCUGGAGGUCAUCAGCCUGGGACUCGUCCGCACGGUGGAAGAGCUCGAAGUACGCUUUGCCAGGAAGCUGUUCCGCUGUUGCGAAGAGUGGUCCUCAACCUGCAGCAGUCCGGGUGUGAUGGCUGUUCCGGCAAGUUUGCUGCAAGACCUGCGUUCGGCACUCUGUUCAUUGAAGGCGCAGCAGCUUGUCGAAGUGGACGACCCCCAUGGCUAUCCGAGCAUCGCCAGCUCCGAGCCUGAAAGCCAAGGCACGGAGGUGUAUUCGCCCCAGGCCACAAUUCGGUCAACUCCUCUCGGCAAUGGCAUCGUCCAUUCCGCCCUCAAGCCCGAGGAGGCAUUAAGUGUGUUCUCGGAUCUUCAGAGAGCCCGGAAGUGUCUCUGUCUGGACAACGACCUGCAUCUGAUCUUCCUGGCCACACCGGCUGCAUCCGUCACCAUCGAGCCGGACUGGGCAAGAUACCUGAGUUAUUACGAGCGACUCCAGUCCAGAGAUCGUGCUGUUUCUGAUGCCGUCGGAGUCUCACAUCACUUUCUGCUGAAGCAGUCCAUGGGGCACCGCGGGCCGCUGCCUGGAAGCAGCGGCGACUGGCGCCAGGACCGCGAGCGCGUCACGGCCUUGCACCGGCGCUUUUGGGCAGCACUUGCACUGCGAGAACUCGCUGCUGAGAAUCCGCCUGCUCGAGUUGCCAGCGCCUUUGCAGCUUCAAGGGGCUCACUGCAGGCGUUGCAGGGAAUUGCGGCCACCUACUGCGGAAUGGUACGCCAGUUGUGCGAAAGGGUGCACUGGAAUGACAUGGCAGCACUGUUCGAUUGUCUGAUGCCGCGCCUAAACUUCGGUGCUGCGACGGAGGCGCUGCCUUUGUGCCGCAUCCCCGGAGUCCACAGCGCGAGAGCAAGGGCCCUGCUGCAGGUUGGCCUCUCCAAGGUUGAAGAGGUCGCACAGUCGCCAAUCUCCAUGGUCGAGUCUGCUCUCAAGAAGCUUUGCCAGCUGGAUCCUUGUGAGCCGAGUGCAGCCCAUCAUCAGGAGGCUGUCAUCCGCGAAGCAGCAGCCCGGAUUAUCCAGGGAGCGCAGCAGCAAAUCAACGCCGAACUGCAGAGAAUGCAGGACGAGACGGAAGAGGCUCGAGCACGCUUCUUCCGGAAGGGCCCCGGCUGGACUCAGAGCUCGGCUUGA